GUCCUGGGCAUCCGGGCGGCGGCCCGCCCCGAUGCGGCGCCCGCGCCAGGGCGCGGAGGGGGGCGGAGCGGUCGGGCGCGGGGGCGCGGCGGCGGCCGAGCAGGUGGCCGCGCCGGGGCGCGCCAGGAUCGCCAUCUUCGCGCUGGCCGCGGGGAUCUCCUGCCUGUGGCUCGGCGCCGG